AUGAAUCUCUCAGAUUCACAGGAAAUUGGUGUUAUUGAUGAAACACGGAAAAGCAAUUCCCGAAGUGGAAAUAAACUUGAAAAUGGUGAACGUAGUAAAGGAGAUGAUGUGAAAAAUAAUGAAAGAAGAAAAUCUGAUCACUCUGACAAGAGGAGACAUAGUAGCAGUAGCUCUUCUAAAGCAAGACGAUCAACCACCGAAAGUGGCCAUGUCAAUUCAUUGCCUAAAAUUAUCUCUGUGCCUCACCCAGGAUUAGAAAACUUGAAGUAUAAUAAUUUUAUGAAAGUUGAAGUUUACCCUAAUGGAGGUGCUUCAGUAGUUCAUAUGUUUCAAGAUGAAAUUGAUUCUUUACCAAAAUCGGAAAUACCUGAAUUAGCUAAAGAGUUUUUUAAGGUGGUAUUUGCAGAGGAUGAUUAUGGAUCUGCUUAUCAUGUGAUGGGCAUUGUGCAUAAUUCUGCUAACUAUCUUCCAGAUCUGUUAGAUUAUAUGGCUGAUCAUUAUCCUAAUUUAACAGUGAAAAAUGGUGUCCUGGGUAGAAGCUCAGAUAUUGAAACAACUACAAUGUCUCAGUACAGAGAUCAGGUCAAUAAACAUUAUUCCUAUGGUACUGUGAGGCAUGGACCAUUGCACCAAAUAAGUUUGGUUGGAACAGUUACAGAAGAAGUAGGAGGUUUUUUCCCAGAUUUAUUGGAUAGAUUAGAAGAAAAUACUUUUCUAAAAAUGACUAUGCCUUGGGGUCCCCUUUCAAUAGUGAAAAUGCAAACACCAGAAGAAUCAAAUGAUGGACCAAUCCUGUGGAUAAGACCUGGUGAACAGUUAGUGCCUACUGCUGAAUUUAAAACACCACUUAAAAGGAGAAGAGCUGGAAUCAAUGAACUGCGUAAUCUACAAUAUCUUCCGAGGUCUUCAGAAGCUAGAGAAUAUAUGUUUGAAGAUAGAACUAAAGCCCAUGCUGAUCAUGUUGGCCAUGGAUUAGAUCGUAUGACUACAGCAGCUGUUGGUGUCUUAAAAGCGGUUUCUGGAGGAGAAAAAAAUGAAUUCAAUAGAAUAACAAAAGAUGUGGUAGCAUUUCAUGCUGGGGAUUUCACUGAAUUAGUUGAAAAAUUACAGUUAGAUUUACAUGAACCCCCAAUAUCACAGUGUGUCCAGUGGAUUGAAGAUGCUAAGUUAAACCAGCUGAGGCGGGAAGCAUGGCAUGUGCGGCUUUCACAAUACUAUCCAGAUGCUCAAAAAAAUGAAACCAUCCGCCAUUCUCGUAUUGUAUCUGGACUUAGUUCCCAUGUUUUUCGGGAAAAAAAAAUCAAGGUUGAGGCUGAUGAAAAAGAAGAUAUUGGAAUACAUGAGGAUGCCCCUAAUUCACAAUUGUCAUCCAGUAAUCUUGAACAGCUGAAAAGAAAAUUAAAAUUACAAUCUAAUGAUGCUUCAUCAAAUCAUAAGAAGCUUAAAGUUUCAAAUUCAAUAACUGAUAAUGAGCGUAAAGAACGUCGAAAAGAUAGUAGUUCUAAUAAAAGUCGUGAAAAUCAUAAGGUAAAAGAAGAAAAAAGUGACAAAAAGGAGGAUGAUAAACAUCGAAGUCCUAAAAGUAGUCAUGAAGCCAUUAACAAAGAAAAAAGUAAAGAUUCAAGUAGUCCACAUGACGUUCAUUCAAAAAGCAAAAAAUCAGAAAGUUUAGAUAAUACUCCAAACCCUGAUGUUUCCAAAGAAAAGUAUAAAACCUCAGCAAUACCUAAUGUAGAUUCUAAAGAAAAGCAUAAUGCAGAUUGUAAUUCUAGCAAUCGGGAUGGGCCUAAUAAAGAUAAAAACCGAGGAGAUUCACAUCACCAUAGUUCACAAAACAAAGAUAAAAGUAAAAACAGUCAUGAUAGUACCCAUUCAAAAGACAAAAGCAGUUCUAGUUCACAUAAUAAUCGCAAAGAAUCUGACAAACAUGAACAUAGGAAAAAAGAUGGCCAUAAAAAAGAUGAAAACACAGUUGGUAAAGGACACGAUUCUUUAAAAAAAAAUUCUAACAAGUUUCCACCUGACUUUCCUAAGACUAAGGUUAAUAUAAUGGAUGAAAUAUUGGCUAGCAUGGACAACUGA